CUCCUUCCGUUCCAUUCCAUCUCCGGUCUGAGCCGCCGCCGCCGCCUUCUUCCCCUCUCACUCCCACCUCACUAAAACCCUAGCCCAAACCCCACCUCCUCUCCCGCCAUGGCUGCCGCGGCGGCCACCUCCCGCCUCCUCCGCCGCCACCCGCCUCCCCUCCCCCUCCUCCUCCGCUCCUCCAUCUCCUCCUCCCGCCCUCUCCUCCAGCAGCCCGAGCUCUCCCCCGCCGCCGCGGCCGAUGCGGCCCCCGCCACCGAUGCCGCGCCGCUCCCGCCGAAGCCGAGCACGGGGAGCCCCUUCUACGGCGAGAACUGGCGGAACCCCGCCGCGGCGGCCAACCCGUCCUCAUCCUCCCUCCUCCCCGCGGUCGUCGGCGGCGGCGCGCACGCCCGCGCGGCGGCGUACUCGGCGUCCCCGGGCGCGGCGGAGCUGAAGGAGACGUUCGCGGAGUGGAUGGCGGAGCAGCGGUGGGAGGAGAUGAAGCAGCUGUUCGAGUUCUGGGUGAGGUCGCUCGACCCGGCGUCCGGGAAGCCCAACCGCCCCGACGUCGACCUCUUCAACCACUACCUCCGCGCGCAGCUCAUGUCCGGGGCGCUCCCGAUCGAGAUGCUGGAUCUCGCCGAGCAGAUGCGCGAGUUCGAGAUCACGCCCAACACGGCCUCCCACAACCUCAUCCUCAAGAGCAUGGUCCAGGCCCAGGAGGCUGAUGGCGCCGAGAAGCUCAUUGAGCGGAUGUUGCAAACAGGAACUCAACCAGAUGACGAAUCCUACAAUUUGGUUGUAAAUCUUCUGAUUAAACUGAACCGGGUGGACUCUACUUUGAAAUAUUUGGAUUUGAUGCUUAAAUCAGGCUACACAAUAUCUUCCUCUGUUUUUGUUGAGUAUGUCCGGGCAUGUGUAAGAUCUGGUAGAUUGGAUACAUUGGCAUCAGUCAUAGAGAAGUGCAAGGCUACAGAUCAGAACAAAGUCUUGUGUCCACCAUGGUCCUGGUGUGUUGAAAUAGCAGAAGCUGCUUUUGAAGCUAACAACAGCAAGCUGGGUCUUUUUGCUUUGGAAUAUCUUGCAAGAUGGAUUGCUCGUUCUGAGCGUGUUAUUCCUCCUCUUCAUCUUUCAGUUGAUGAAGGUUUAGUACUCUCAGCUCUAAGUGCUGCUGCCAGAACUUGUAGCACUGAUCUCCUGAAUGCUGCUUGGUCAAUAUUACGUAAGUCCUUGCACCAGAAAAGGGCACCGACGCCAGAGGCAUAUCUUGCCAAGAUUUAUGCUCAUUCAUCCAUUGGUCAUCUUCAGCGGGCUUUUGGUACCCUACGUGAAUUUGAAAAUACCUAUGGGAACUUUGAGGAUAUUGAUUCAGAGCUCUUCUCACCGUUCACUUCAUUGCGACCACUCGUUGUUGCUUGCUGUAAGGAUGGGUACACCACACUGGACUCGGUCUAUGUGCAAUUGGAGAAUUUAAGUUCUGCAGAUUCGCCAUACAAAUCUGUUGCUGCUCUUAACUGUGUUAUAUUGGGGUGUGCAAACAUUUGGGAUCUUGAGCGAGCAUAUGAAACUUUUGAGGCAAUAAAAGAAAAGUUUGGACUUACACCUGACAUACAUUCUUACAAUGCGCUUUUGCAUGCAUUUGGAAAGCGGAAAAAGACUGAAGAAGCUUGCAACGUCUUUCAGCAUCUAGUAAGCCUUGGUGUUAAGCCAAAUGCAACAACUUAUGGCCUUCUUGUUGACACUCAUCUUGUAAAUCGGGACGCAAAAGCUGCUCUUGCUGUAAUUGCUGAGAUGGUUGAUGCGGGCUUUACUCCUUCAAAGGAGACACUUAAGAAGGUCCGAAGACGCUGCUCCCGUGAAUCAGAUUUUGAUAGUGACGAGAAAGUGCAAUCCCUGGCUAAGCAGUUUAACUACCGAAUGGGUGGUGAAAACCGCAGGGAGAUGCUCUUUAACAUUGAAUACAGCGCUGAGUUCACAAGUACUCCUAGUCCAAGUUGAUUUUGAUGAUGCCGGUGCGCUCUAGUAGACGUAACGUGUACCCUCGCUCACUUUGCUGGUACCUGAAGGGCACGGAAGCUGUAGUCUGUAAAUUAUACUUCUUUGUACCAACUUCCCUAAUUAUUUCAAGCAUCUCAAGCUAUCAUUUUUGUUGGCAGAACCCUCAACAGGAUUUAUGUUAGGAUUUCAGAAUAAGGGUCCUAAUAGAUUUUUUUUUUUGCCUGCUCAAAGCACCAUGUUUUACAAUCAAUGGAUGUUUGCUCAACUUAUCUCUCAGUUCCAGCCUUUUUUACGGCUCUCGUGUUAUUUAUUCCUAUACUGCAUGCCAUGUCAA